ACCGACCCUCUCGCCACCCUUUCCCUCCAAGAAUGUGGCGGGAAUCGAAGCAGGUGGCGUCGCCCGACACGCGAUCGCCACCAACCGAUGAGUAGGGCAACCACGGACAUGGUGCCUUGUCUUCCGGCGGCGGUCUCACCGCCGGUUCUCUUCUCUCGACUCCUAAACAGUCGUCGGUCGUCCUGUCCUGCGCCGAGAAGGUCACGUGGAUGGUCCUUAUUUGAUGAGCGUCGCAGAUCUACCAUCAGGGGGCAAGAGUCCGAUGGCGAGUUUUUCGAGCAUUUCACGGCGCUGUCCUGGAAGCAGGAAAAUCGGAGGCUGCAGGCGUCGCGUCAGGACGACGGCGAAUGCAGGGCACCGGAGGCCACCAUGGACAUUCCACACCGGGAGUUUCAUAUCGGCAAGAGAGAGGGAGAAGAGCUGUACGUCGAAGUGUUGUACACCGUGGAACACAAGCUGGGUGCGGACGGCGCCUUCGCGGAGGACCUCCGCGCGUACGCCCAGAAGGCCUUCAACAUGCCCCAGGAGACGCACGAGCGGCUGCUCGCCGCUGCCCGGCAAGAGCAGCCUCCCAUACCGGUGCUUAACGUGACCGUACUCGAAGCUAGAGGACUAGAAGCGAAGGAUCCUAAUGGAUACAGUGACCCAUACUGUAUGCUGGGAAUCCGCUUGGGUUCCGAUCGUCGAGGCAGCGCCGAGGAUGAAGUCUCUUCGGGCGGUGGCUCCCUACGUCGCCUCGGAGCUUCUCUGAGGCAGCGUGGCACUGAGCAACGCGGCCGAGGUGGAAGCCUUCCCGACACCCUACCUGCGAAAUUUAUUCGCACCACAACCGUAAAACCGUCCACUUUGAAUCCGCGUUGGAACGAGCGAUUCCGCCUAGAUAUUGACGACAUCCACAGCGACUGCCUUCAUCUGGACGUAUGGGACCACGAUGACGAAAGUUCUGUAUUUGAUGCGGCGCGAAAGCUGAACGAAGUGACCGGACUAAAGGGCCUCAAUCGGUACUUCAAGCAAGUGGCUCAGUCGGCCAGGGCUUCAACUAUGGACGACUUUCUGGGCUGCAUCGAUGUUCGUCUCGAGGACAUUCCGCCAGCAGGUCUGGAGCGUUGGUUCCCCCUGGCUGGGCGCUCGCACCGGUCCACGGUGCAAGGCGAGAUUAAAUUACGCCUCACUCUGGGCACCCGAGAAGACAGAGGUCUCCAACCUCCACAAGAUAACUGGAAGGAAGUCGUCGAGCACCAGCAGCUUCUGUGGAUUAUUCUUGAGCACGAACUGGCCCACUGGCAGGGUCCAAGCGAAAGUUGGAAAGGGGACUUUCCGUACGCGGCAACAGCGAUUCUGGACCAACACGCAUUGCAGGGGGAUCUGACAGAACUUCAGAGAGCUAUAUGCCGAUGGGUGAUGUUCAGCCGCAAGCACAUAGCAAAUCCCCUGGACCUCACCUUGCUGUUCCGAUUGCUACAAGAACUGGAUCACGCGUGGCAGGACGCAGACCGUGCUCUCACGCGGGAUGAACAGCUGGUGACAGUCAUCGGAGAUGGUGCAGUCGAGCUAAGCCCAGAGGAAAAAGAUGCCAGCGUCAAAGAACAUCAGGAUCGACCAGGACUGUCGCAGUACGGCCCAGAAGCGAGCCAACGUGAUCUCGUGUCCUCGGCAGAAGAAGCUUGUCUUGCCGAAUCUUUCGGCCUUUUUGUAGACUACUGUUUGGAGGUGCUACACAGACAUCGUGAAGCUCGCAGCAAGCUCACGCGUCUACUUCAGUGCCUAUCUUUUCUGUAUCGCAUGAAGUCGUUCCGAAGAUGUUGCCCCUUCCGAAACCAGCUAAGUGUCGACGUCACCGGAGCCCUGAAGAAAGCAGCUCACGACUGGUUCCAGACAAUUCCUCUGGACCCACACGGUGAGGUUCUGUACGACUUGUCCGCCUUGAGCGCGCUGGUGAAUUCGCUCAACCGGGAGCUUCAGCAGGGUCACGAUUCGUACAAUGCUAUCUUCCAGGAGUACGUUGGCGUGAGCUACACUGCAGUGAUGUACAAGCAGCUGGAGAAGUUGUCUGGCACUAAGCUUCAGCACUGGGUCCAGACACUAUGCGGGACCAUCGACAACAACGCACUUCCGGAGAACGAGGCCAUGGAUCACGCUGUCAAAGUAUUCGAGCUGUACAUGGCUCUCAAGGAGUUCGUCGGAUUCCGGGAACAUCUCUCGCCGGAGGACCGUGAAAAUGUGACUAUGGUCGACUUCCACCAGUGGUUCUUCCACGCCGUUGAGGGCUGGUUCACCGUCGCUCGGACGAAAGCCAGACAGAGGAUACGUAAAGCACUAGACGUUGAUCAGCUAAAGUUUGUGGACUCAUACGUCCAGCACAGCACGUCGGCCGUGGAUGCGGUCACUUGCUUUGCCCAAAUUAAAGAGUUUUGGAAACAACUCGCUUGGCCGGACCUUGAGGGAUGUUAUCCCUUUAUCCUCAAGAUCGUGGAAGCCAUUUGUGACGGAGCCGUCUUUUAUGCCGCACUCUGCCACCAAAAGCUCAUGGAUUCCGGUUUCUACGACAUGGAGGGGCAGUUCGACGUUGCCCUGCAGGUAUGCGUCGUGCUAAACAACAUGGAGCACGUCCGUCGAGCUUUGCGCCCGUUGAAAGAUGAGCUGGACGUUGAGGAACUGUUGUCGGCUCUGGAACAAGAACGAGGCGAGGCAGUGUCCUACCGUUGUCGAGAUUCGUUGACGCGAAUACUGCAGAGCGCGGAGGACGACAUCAUCCACAAGAUCCUCACUGUGGUCGCUGCGCUUUCUGAUAAAAUGCGCCCGGAGAUAAAAAAGAAUGUCUUCCACCUGGCGUGGGCUCCCGACAAGGUGGACGCCAACAGCGGCCUUGACCCUCUCGUGGAAUACCUUGAACUGAACCUCAAGACACUCUACGAGAGCCUAGUGAGUGUCAACUUCCUUCGCACCAUGGAAGCUGUGUGGAGAGUCGUGCUUCAAGAGCUAACCCUCACGGCCAGAUCAAACCUUGGGGAACAGUUGCCUUUCUUCCGUCGUCUGUACGCGGCUCUGGAAGUCCUGCUACACUUCUUCCACGGCGAUGACAAAGGAUUGUCGCUCAAGUCGCUACACAGUGUUGCAUACCAAGACCUGGAACGUCUUCUGCGGCUUCACAAGUCUGACACCUGCUACCUCAUCGAGACAUACUACAUGCAGAGGCUGGAGGAGCAGCGUAAAAAGCAACAAGAACCGGGGAACAACCCCAACGGUUACCUUACCGUGUUCCUCUGUUACAACAACGUCGCUGAGAGCAUACGUGUUGACGUGGUGCGUGCCCGCGAUCUCCAACCACUGGAUCCGAACGGCUUCAGUGACCCAUUCGUUAUCUUGGAGCUCCUUCCCAAGCACCUGUUUCCUGACUGUCACCAGCAGAAGACGAAGGUUCAGAGGAAAACGCUGUCACCCAUCUUUGACGAAUCUUUCGAGUUCCCCGCGCCACUGGAGCGUUGUCGACAGGAGAUAUCUCUGCUGCGACUUACAGUCAUGGACUACGACGUGAUGCUUCGAGACGACUUCGAAGGCGAGGCGUUCGUGCCCCUGAGCGACCUUCCAGGGAUUCGCGCAGGGGAAGAGGACGAAGAUGAUAUUCCUAGGCCCCUCGAACUUCCUCUGCUGCUGCCCAGUAAAGAAAAAAGCGAAGUAUUAUGUGCCCUCGAAUGCCGCACCUGGGAUCCCAAUGCCAAAGACUUUGUCCGGCAGCAAAAGCGGAGGCACUCUUGAGAUACUGGCGGUUGCCACACAGAAUCAGGCUGGCAAGAAAAACCAACGGGGCUCGAGCGACUUCUGCUCUUUGCGGACAACCCCAUCCGGAAACAUAGCGCCUCCGUCACCAGUGCUUCCUCCAUUCACCGCCAGCUCCGACGUGCGACGCCGCCCGCUUCCCCUCGAGCGACGCCAGCGACUUCAUUGCUUCUCAUCCAUGAUAUCCAAGCCCGUCCCAUGCUCAUGGCUGUGAAUCGUAAUUUACACAGAAAAUACAUACAUAUAUAUAUAUAUA